AUGCCCUCCACCACUUCUCCUACUACCUCCCUUCCACCCAAUUCCGCUCUCCAGAACCUUCUUAACACCCAAACACCUACCCCCUCGAAGCCACCCACCCGCCUACCUCCACCAUCUCGCAACCACUAUUCUCCAAAAUCUACAGCUCCAACACGAUUGGACCUCCCUAACAAUUCACACACACUCCCCUUAACCUCGCACCCCCUUCCUCGUCCUCUAAUCUCCGGAUUACCUCCUCGACGCGCCUACAUCCACCCCGACGAGCAAGUCGCCAUCCUCAAAGCCGAGCAUUCCUCUGGAGAAACCAUUGCGCAAUUUCCCGAGCGCGAAUGGGUCUUACCCACGCAUCUGGAAGAAAAAUGGAGUUUAGCACGCUUUGCAGAGGUGUUUGACGCGGUGGGGACUGUGCCUCCUGGUUCUGGAGCUGAGGGAAGAGAAGAUGCUCAAGAGGAUGGCGAGGAGAUUGUGGGAGGAAAAUGGCAGGGAGAAAAUAGACAGAAGAGGAUACUCUUGGCGACAUUGCAUGAUGAUAGCACAAUUGUGUAUUAUAUCAUGCAUGAUGGAAUUGUGAAGCCUCGACAAAAUUGA